AUGGGAUGUUCUUAAAGCUUAACAGCAGAUGAUGAUCAAUCUGUGAUCCUUAUUAAACCAAAAACCUUGAAAUUCAAGUCUCACAAUUCCAAUAUGGAAUCUAUUUUAAAGAAACAAUAUACGGAUGGAAGUGGGUAGGCUUUUUACAUUGUCCCAACUGAAAGAGCUUCUUUCUCCAAAGUUCCAGUUUUGAAAGGGCCUGAUACCAAUUAGCUAGUUUAGAGAAGACGAUAAUCGAAAUUAUCAAGUAGUCCUUCAAAUAUAGAGAAAGCCCAGACUUUGCCAAUAUAUUUCUGA